AUGUAUCGGAGUUUAAAUAAGUCCAUCAAAAGUUCUCCAGACAGCAAAAAACUACCGGUGGCAGAUGAAUAUGAUAGAAGAAACGAGCCACCUUCUCUCCAUGACAGACAUGAUCGCGUGAAUAACUUGCAAGAGAAGGGCACAACAAAGAGGAAACGCAUACGAGGAAAAAUUGGACUAAAAGUUAUGAAUAACUUGGUCAGUGACAGUAGGAAUAACCGAGAGAUUGAUACCAAGAACAAAAGAACUAAAUUGGGGGGCAUUUCAAGUGGAGAGAGAACUCCGUUCACUUCUCUGAGCCCUCAGAAGAGCGUAGCUUCCUCACCCAUUCGAGAUGUCUCAUCGUUGUUAGAUCUGUUCGAAAAGAGCGGCAACAUGAAACUCAAUAAGAGUAAUGAGACUGCUAGUGAGAGUGAAAGUGACAUAGAUGGUAGCUUAAUAGAAGUAGGAAAGUUCUCAAGUAGUCCAUUGAAAAGACGUGACAGUGCAUGGGACAAAAUGGAUAAAAUGAUAGAGCCGCUGCCCAAUAGCACAAGAAGAGGUAUAGAGGGAAAGGUAAACUAUUACACCGGUGACGGAAAGGACCUAGCAUCAUUGGUCGCCAAUGGAGAUUUCCUAUCUACAAUUGAGAAGAAGCAUAAGCUCUCAAAAGAUGAAAUAGCAUUAAAGUAUGGUUCCAAAUCGUAUCCGGAUCCAAUUAUCUCGAAGAAGUUACUAUCCCAAAAAUGCCUAGAACACAUUAAUAUAGUUCCAUUGAUUUUGAAAGGCAAAUUACACACAUGCUACCUCUACCCUUUGGCUAAAAGUAAAUUAAUGGCAUCUCAACAUGAAACAAUGACUCAAGCGGAAAAAUUUGACAUCAACUGGUCCAAAUUCUUUGGAGGCUAUUAUGGUUUCCAGAGACAGUCUUUCAUAGCGUCUGUAAUUAUGAAUAAGUAUGACCUGGAGCUCCAGCAGGCAAACAGAACUAAUAAAGUGGUAACAUAUUGGACAAUAAAUGGGUUUGCAACCUUUAUACUUGCCAAUGAGAUUAUAUUGCGUAUGAUAAUGAAAGAUUUUGGGAAUUGUAGCUUGGAAAGAGCAGAAGAGAUUAUGAGAGAUAGUACUGAUUAUGGAAUAGAAGUUGCAGAUGAGAUUGACAUGAUAGAUGACUUGGAGAAAGAUGAUCCGUUAAACAGUGAAUCGGCAAAUUUCAUGAAGGGAUUAUCUAACGGAGGUGAAAAUAGGGGAGAAAUCACUAAUGAGCCAAAACAGCCAAAACACCUCAUAAAUGAUAACGUACUAGACCAGAUUACAAAGACAGAAAGUGAGUCUGACAGUGAACCAGAGCCUAUUCUUGACACCGUAGGUGAAUCUAGGAGCAUUGGAGAAAACCCAAAAUCUAUCGAUAUUUUGGAUAAGAUUGUUGAUAGUGGUACUGACAGCGAUAGCGACUAG